GGAUCUUCCAGCGGAUCUUUAAAGCUGGACUUCCCGAACCACCGGCGCGAAUCUCGCUCCAUUCUAGCCCGUCCAGUUCGUCCCCGGCCGUCGACCGGAACUGAUCUCAGCGUCGUCGUCGUCGUCGUCGUCGUCGUCUUCUUCAAGUGAGCUCUAGUGAUAUGCGCUAUCUGGUGGCGUUGGUCCUGUACGGGACGUUCCUGUGUCUGCAGGGCGUUCGCGACGGUGGCGGAGUUUUGGCCCAGCCCCAGCUGGUGGCCGUCGACGGCAACGGGAGUGAGUUCAACGAGUUUGACAUCGAGCACUUUAUGCUGAAGCUGGAGCAGCUGGACCUGCGGAUGAUGCGCUUCGAGUUGACCAUCCAGAAGAAGGUGGACACGGUGUCGAGUGUGCUGCAGAACCUGGUGCACGUGAUCGAGAACCUGGCGUGGCACAUCUCGGAGACGGAACGGUCGGCGAACUCGGCCGAGCAUCAGCUGAAGGUGAUCGCGAAGAAUCUGACGCUGCUGCACAAGGAGAUGAGGGACCUCGCCAUCGCCCAGCAACGCCUCCCAACGCGCACCUACUUCGACGACGCCAUGAUGAUGAUCAAGGCCUCCUCCAACUGCGAAAACGCCGGCGACCUGAUGCAGCUGGAGCACAUGCAAAUCUCGAUGAUGACCACGGAGAAACCCCCAGCUGUUCUCGAAGCCUGCGACCAACUCCCCGCGUCCAGCGCUUCCGGCGUUUGGACGGUCAUGCCGGACGGCGAGUUCAGCAAGAGCAUGAAGGUGGUCUGCGAGCAGGAGUACUCCGGCGGGGGUUGGACCGUGUUCCAGCACCGGUACAACGGGACGGUCAACUUCUUCCGUGACUGGGACGAGUACCGGUUCGGGUUCGGCAAGAUGGACGGCGGUGAGUUCUGGCUGGGGCUGGAGCGGCUUCACCAGCUGACGUAUUCGGCGCCGCACGAGUUGGUCAUUCUGCUGGAGGACUUUGAGGGCAAUGGGACGUACGCGCGGUACGAAAACUUUGAGAUCGCUGGCGAGCCGGACCUGUACAAGGUGACCAAGAUCAACGGGUACAACGGGACGGCGGGGGAUUCGAUGAGCUUCACGCUGGGGGCGUACUUUAGUACGUUCGACGAGGAUAAUGACACGCACGAGGAGAAUUGUGCCGUCAAGUAUCAUGGGGCGUGGUGGUACCGGAAUUGUCACUCGAGUAAUUUGAACGGGAAGUACUUGAAGGGGAAGAACGAUGAGUACGGGAGGGGGAUGUCGUGGGCCAAGUUUCAUGGGGUUGGGUACUCGUUGAAGUCGUCGAAGAUGAUGAUUCGGAGGAAGAAUGUACCGCGGAAGGAUAUGAUGGACGGGAUGAAGGACAUGCAGGAGACGCUGGCGAGACUUUGAGGAAUCGCGUUAAAAGGGGAGAUGGUGUUCAUGGGGAAACUAACUUG